UUAAUAUGGAAAGAAAACAUUAAACCGUUCUUUAGUUUUUUCAAUUAUUUCAGUGAUUUUAUUCAGUUUUUGUGACAGAGUCUGUUUUAAAAAAUAAAAAAGUUUAUAAAUAUUUUUCAGAGUUAAUCUUUAAGCCCAAUUCAGAACAGACAGAUUAAGGAUCAACACGACAGAGAGAUUAACGUGAAUCGACAAUGCGAAGACAGCCCAAGUUAGCUGUAAGGCAGGGUUGAUGCGGUGUGUCAUUCAAGCGGAACAGCUUUCAAACGGACUGGAUAUUGUGGAUUGAGGUGGUAAAGUUGACUGGAUAUUGUGGAUUGAGGUGUUAAAGUUGACUGGAUACAUCCGUGGAUUUGGAUUGUUCUGACAAGACAAGAUGGAGUACAUGCUCCCCGCGCCCCUGACCGACAUCACGGAGGAGCCGGAGGAUGUCUCAGAGAUCACGUCAAGACGGGGGUCUACGACUCCACUAGAACAAGAAGGAAUGGAGCUGCCAUCUAUUGAGAACAUUCAGAAGGCUGACAUGUUUCAGCUGGUCGAGUGGUCGGGCAACUUCGCGGAAAUCCGAGAGGAUUCGAACCUCAGCGAGAUCGACGACAUCCGCCAGCGGCUGAUCCUCCUCAAGAGGAAGCAGAUGGGAUGUAGCUACAAGAAGGAAUGUGAUCAUUUCUUCACCGCAGUGCACAGCGAGACCAAGACCAAAGUCGACGCCCUCCGCGACCUCUUCUGCUCGGUCAAGGCCAUUUUCUCCAAGAUCCCCACAGAGUCUUUGUCUGAGAUCCUGCAGAAGGAGGGUCACCUGACCCAGCCCCUGCUCACGGAUGAGCUGACCACCAGAGCCGCGCUCUUACGGGAGAGGAACAGUCUCGUCAUUGUCGCAGGUGAGACAAACGGUGGGAAAAGUAGCUUCCUGAACCUUCUGUUGGGGGUCGAUAUCCUCCCCACAGAUGUUCUUCACUGCACGUAUUCCAUCUGUAAGAUUGUGUAUGCUGAAUCAUACAGUGUUGAAACCCUGGACUACAAAGGCCAAGUUGAAAAAUACACUUGCUAUACACUCGAAGAUGCUCAAAGACUACUGAAGAGCAAAGCGGUUGUUGAGGGAGUGACGGAGCGAACUCUCGGGUCGGUCAUCAAGGAGGUCACUCUGCGCAUGCCCGCUGAAAUUCUCAAGAGUGGCGUCACCUUGGUUGAUACACCAGGAAUAGGCGAGGAUGAACAUAUGGAUGACAUCACGAUGUCAUAUGUCAAAUCCACUCACGCCUCGGCAUUUAUUUACAUAAUCAAGUCCGACAAUGCUGGAGGUGUCCAGGAUGACAGACUUCUAAGUUUUCUGAGGGCAAUUAAAGAAAGGUACCAGACAGAUAAAAUGAGAGAAUAUUUUGACCCAAAGGCGGCCAUGUUUGUAUGCCACCGUUGGGACAACAUUGACGAUGAUCAAAAAGAGAAAGUUAAACGCCACGCCCUCCAAAAACUGGAGGAUGUUUGGCCAGGUUUUGAUCCAUCACAGACUUAUUUCUUCUCAACUAAAAGCACUUUGAAGCAUUUGCCAGUUGAUCCAGAAUAUAUAACAGACAGUUACUAUGAACUUCUCAAGGGGUUGAAAGGUCUUUUUAACAGAGCCGGGCAAAAUGCAAUCAAGUACCAAUAUCUCUGGCUAAAAUACAUCCUACAACCUGCAUCUAAAAACCUCAAGGCCAUGAUCACUCACUGCAUACAUAGCAAUGAGGAACUGGAAAGCUAUUUCCAGAAUGUUGCACUGAAACAGGAGAGGCUGAUGGUUGCAUCAAAAGAGAAAUCUGUCCAUCUACAUGAAUUUCUUGAAGAUGAAAUUACCAGAAUCAACAAGCAUAUAGGCCACAUUUUAGAAUUUGAUGAUGUCACUAAAGUUGAUGGUUAUGCUGAACUGAUUAAUGAAGCUCAGCAAGUGGAAUACCUAACAUCUGCGCAAAAUAGAAAGAAUCUAGAUGAAAUGGUUGUGCGCAACUUGCUGAAGUAUGUAGACAGAGUUAUAAAUGAAAGUGGAAGAGUGGCGUCUGCUGAGACGGACCUUCUAAGAGCUAUUCAAGACCACCUUGGCCUGUUUAAAAGUCAGAUAAAACAAAUUAAAGAUGAGUUGGUGAAUGGGAACCGUCAGACUUCACUGUCAAGAAGCAGGAAUUCUUAUAUGGAACAUCAUGAUCUGAGUGCAUCAAUGAUUUCCCUGGCUUCAAUAUCUUCAGAUAACUCUUCUGUUUCAGAGUUUAAUGAAAUUUCAGUUGAUCCAGCAAAAAUGGAACAGAAAAUCAAGUCUAUGUUGACAAAAAGAAAACAAAGUGGUGUCAGACACAAGAGCUCUCUUGAUGGAAAACAAGCAGUGCGUCAAAAUCUCCUCAGUAUGAUAAAGAAUAAAAUAAAAUUCCAUGGGAGAAUUGAGCCUAAAAGAUAUGUUGAUGAAAGAAUUAGAAAAUGGGCAACUAAGAUGCGCCAGGAUCCGGAAAUGAUAAAACAAUUAUCUGAUGGGUACACUGAGUGGAUGCAGAAAUGUGUCAAGCAUGGAACCAGCAGCAUUCCAAAAUUUAUUGAGGUGAACAAAACAUUGAUGGAAGAGAUCAGAGAACACAGGGAAACAUUCCAGAAAGACAAGGAAAUGCUGAAGAAUGUCAUGGAAGAACUUGAGCCAAGUAGAGAUCUUAUUAAAGGCUUUGGAUCACUGUACAUGGAAGACAUCAAUGCUGAUGCUGUGGACUUCAGCGACACUCAUUCCGUUCACUUCCCGUCUGACAUCUCAGUCUCUGUCAAACCAAAUGACGACUCCGGCUUCCAGGGUAGUGGCAGUAAACAUCGUAAAGUUCGAAGUUUAUGGGGAAGAAUGCAACUGGCCACAAUCACAGCAGAUAAUGAAAAAAAGAGAGUUCUCAUCAAGACUUACACCUACGACAUGGAUGACCGCAUGUUUUUCUCUGAGAUUGCAUCUCUCAGGUGUUUAGAUGCGCCAAACAUUGCCCAAUUUUUCGGAAUGACUCGCAUUAAAACAUGCGAGCAAGGAGGCGCAACUUUCGGGAAAGCAAAACCUCAAAGUAUUUCUGACCAGUUCACGCAAAAGAUUUCAGCCUUUAUCUUCAAUGGUGACUUGAUAUCAGCACGAGUCUAUACUACCAGUAAGAUCAUCAGACUGAACGCGUUCAUACCAGACUUCGUACAUUCCUUGUUGUCAGCUUUGGAAUACAUUCACAAUGAAAAGCUGGUUCAUAUGGAGCUGAAUCUUGAUACUGUCAUGGUGGAAAGGUCAACUGGGACAGUCAAGCUGUGCCAGAUGUGCAAGCCGCGUGAGGCCAGGUUCCCCAGGGACACGAGUUUGGUCAAGACUGGCUCCUGCAUCUACCUGUCUCCUAACGUCCUGUCAGGGAACGUGUACGAACAAACAGACGACAUCUACGCUUUUGGCCUGCUGCUGUGGGAACUACUUUAUCCAUUGUUCCCACCAUUUAAGGAGCAGAAGUCGUGGAUUUUGAAGGAUUACAUAGCCAAGUGCCACCCCAAGAAUAUGUUGAGUGAUACCCUCAUCUACGAUUUACAACCUUCUGAGCCUGUCUGCAAUGUUUUGCGAAAUACAAUUUUGUUGGAGAGAGGAACUAUCUGCAUGUCUAUCCCAUCCAUCAGGAGUUGCUUGAGUCAAAUAAAUAUGGACCCAGCACUGACCCUCCUGCCCAGGGGAGGAAGAUUUGCCCCAAUUCACAGAAACGAUUACAAAAGGCAAAAUCCCAGAACUGACCAGUCAGCUCCUCAAAGACCUCCUAGAAAAAACGAUCAGCGCAGACGACAGAGCACAACCACAAUGCCCACUUCAGCUUCCUUGGAUGAUGGGUCUGCCCAGGACACCACGCCCCCUCCCACUGCCAACAGGGGCAGGCGUCAAAGUGCUCCUGAAAUACACGCCAACCUGACGCUGCCUGGGAAAAAGGGGAAAUCCCAGAAAAGAUCAGUUUUUGAUUUUUUUAGGAAACGCAAUGAGAGGAGAAAUAGUACGACAGAAGUAAGUCAGACUCUGGGUGUAACUCCUGUGGAAGAAGGUACCAAUGUUGUGUUAAAGAGUGUGUCUUUACCAAAUGGUUCCGCUCCCUCCAAAGCAACCCCCAGCAAACUAAGGCGUUUUAGCUUGCAGGAAAUAACCCUAACCGUACCCAGAAUCAGAAGCAACAACUCUGACAAUGACAACCUGGAUGUUCCCAAGCUGUUUAGUAGAACAGAGUGUUUGACCUUGGCGACCCCCUUAGCCAGAACCAUGCCGAGAAGCAGCAGAAAUACCAGUCAUCCUGACCAUUUUGCUGAGGCUUUUCAUGGUAGGCUUAUGCCAGCUGAGAGCUUGCCUUGCCUGGUGCCUUCAAUUGAAAAGCAACGGAACUCCUUCUUCCACGAGGAUGAUAAAGUUUCAGAGUCCUGGCAUAGUCCGACCAUGAAACGGAAGCCAGGCCCCACAAAUAGAGAGUCCCUGACUUCUAGAAUUGGAGCAUCAAUGCCAGCCAGACGCUCCGGUCUACAAAACCAGAACAUACAACCUCAGUAUGCCGGUCAAAAACAUUUUGAGAAAAUACAUGAAGAACUUGCCGUUAGUACUAAAUCUAACAAAUCAGUUAUGGACAACAUAGCUAAUGGCUCAAGUAAAAGAUCAGCACAUAUAACUAAUGAACCAGUAGCUAAUGGUGCAUGCAGAAGACCAACACAUAUAACCAAUGAACCAGUAGCUAAUGGUGUAUGCAGAAGACCACCUUUGAUAACUUACCCAAGCUGUGAAGAUGACACAAAACCCCUCAGUCAGGAAACAUAUGCUGACUUUUCCUCAUCCAAUACAGGUUACCAAGCCUUCAGUGGUAGCAUCAUAUUAAAGAGCAGCCUGAAGGGCAGCAGAAGUACUGAGAGAAUCAACUCACUUUUCUCAGAUAGCGCCAGACUGGGUCCAGACUCGUUAGAAAAUUCAUUGCGGGGGAGUCAUCGUCGCUCCGUGUCCUUUGACGAUAACCAGCAAAGUAGUUUUAAGCCACACCAUAGGUCAUCCAUCAUUGCUUAUAGUGAAAGCUCAAGUGAGGAGUCACUCAGUGACUCACAGAGCCACUUCAGACGAACAUCCGACGAAGCGUCGCCGGAUGAUUCAACCAAUAACUUUUAUGGGUUUGAUGAAACUACCGAACCAAACAUUUCAAAAUUUAUACACAAUCAGCAGUUUAAAAACUUUGAUAGGUUUCAGGAGUCGACUGAAUCAAACCUUUCAACUUUGAUGCCAGCACAGUCUGAUCAUGGGGACUCACAGAUGGCCACUCUGACCGUGGUAGGAACAAGCUUUGAUGCUGUUGCCCUGGGGGACUCCGUAAGAAGCUUUUUGUCUUUUGAAGAAACAAGCGCUGAGGCUGACUUGGGCCUAACUGACUUGGACCAGCCUUUGCAGUCUGAUGACGCAUCCAUUCCAAGUCCCUUUCCCAUUCCAAAAAGCUUAAACAGUUUCCAGUUUGACUUUUUAAAUAGCGAUGAAUGAUUGAGGCAUCUUUUAGAGAAAAAAGAGGUUUUUCUAUUUGAUUCCAAGAAAAUAAAAUAUUAUUUAUUUUGUUUGUUUGUUUAACUCAAAUAGCAAAACAACAUGCAAUCUGGAAUCCUGUAGUUUUCAUGGAUUUCUUAUGUAAAGUUGUUUAAGUUAAUUAUAAAAUAUGUUUUGUCUUUCAUUGAAGUAUUUUGUUAAAUUUUCAAACUAAAUUCAGUCAGUAUCAAACAUAGCUAGUGUAUCUUUUACUGAUAUUACAUCAAUGCAAUUUAAAAUGAAAAGUGACAAAAUUAUAAUUGUAUUUACAAGCUGAAUCUUGUAUUUUACAAUUUCAACUAGUUUUGAUAAAAAAUCAAAGGCUAUAUUUUAGUACUCACAACAAAGUACAGCCUGAUUAGAUGCUAACGACGCAUGUUGUUUUAUUUUCCAAAAAUACCAUACUUGAAUAAAUUUAUCAUAAGUUUCUAUUAAUUAGUUUAUUUCUAAGCUAGGCUCUUUUUGUUUGCUAAUUUGACUGCAUUGUAAAAAAGUUUAUAAUAAUGAUAUAAUUCACUGACUUGUAAAAAUGAUACUAAAAAUAGUUUU